GCAGGAAAAACAAGCAGAAAGUACAACGAAAAGUAUGAGAAACAUCGAUCGUGUGAAUGUUAGGGUACAGCAAGGUACGGUCUGUGGCGUGAAGGAGAAGCUCCCGAACGGGGGCGCAUUUUGUGCCUUCCGUGGUAUUCCGUACGCAAAGCCUCCGGUCGGUGAGCUGCGUUUCCGUGCACCACAACCGCUGGAACGGUUUCCCUACCCGGUGCUGGAUUGUAGCGUCGAGCGGGAUGUUUGCUUUAGCCGGAACAUGUUCACCCAGGAGCUGGAAGGAUCGGAAGAUUGUCUACAUUUGAACGUGUACACACCGUCGGUGGAGAAGAGCGAUAAACCGCUACCAGUGAUGGUGUUUAUCCAUGGUGGUGCAUUUCUGUUCGGCAGUGGAAAUAGUGAUUGUUAUUCCCCGGAAUAUUUGCUUCAAGAGGAUGUGAUUGUGGUCACGCUAAACUAUCGUCUUGGGUCGCUAGGAUUUUUACAUCUGCCCAGCCAAGGAAUCGAAGGAAAUGCCGGUCUAAAGGAUCAGCUGAUGGUGUUACGAUGGGUACAGCAGAACAUAGCCCACUUUAACGGUGAUCCGAACAAUGUGACACUGUUUGGGGAAAGUGCUGGGGCUGCUUCCGUCCAUCUGCAUAUGAUUUCGCCCGUGUCGCAACAAUACUUCCACAAAGCGAUCUGUCAAAGUGGCAUUUCCACCAUGGAGUGGGUAAUGCAGCAAGAUUCGAUCAAUCGUACAAGAUCACUAGCCCGGUUCAUUAAUGCCGAUGCGAAAACGGACGAACAGGUGUACCGGACGUUGAUGAAAGCGGACAAAGCAGAACUGAUGGGGCUGAUGAUACAUACACUUACUGCUGAUGAAAAACGGCGAGGUUUACCGAUGCCCUUCAAACCGGUCGUAGAGGAGGGCGAACAUGGUCCGGAUACGGUCGUUCCGGUACAUCCGUUCGUUGCGAUGAAGCAACCGAACCGCAUUCCUUCCAUACCGAUUAUUUUCGGUAACAAUGAUCGCGAGGGCACCAUUAUGAUGAUGGAUGCGAUAAAGAAACUUGAUCUGUACGAAAACGAUAUGGCACGCAUGAUACCGCGCACGGUUAAUGUUGCACCGGGUAGUGCGGCCGCCGAACAGCUAGCCAAUGAGGUGAAACAGUUUUACUGUGGCGCAAAAGGUGUUACGAAGGAAACGGUGAACGGGCUGGCAGAUUUAAUGACGGAUUAUCAUUUUGGGAUUUUGGCGAACACGUGCGCGGAAUUGCACGCCCGGUACCAGCCAAACUCGCCCAUGUUUUACUAUCAGUUUAGCUAUGACGGGGAGCUGAACAUGUACAAAAAGCUGCUGCAACUAACCAUUCCGGGUGCGUGCCAUGCGGACGAGCUGUCGUACCUGUUCCUGAUGAGACUGGCUAAUGUGGAUGUAAAGCCGGAGUCGGAAGCAGGACGCGUCCGUCAGCUUAUGUGUCGCUUGUGGACGAACUUCGCAAAGUAUGGUCAUCCGACGCCGGUGGAAGAUCGGAACAAUCUUCCUUGUGAAUGGGAACCGGUUGAAAAGGUUUCAUCCGGCACGGCUGGCGGUGCACCGUUCCGGCUGAAGUGUUUAGAUAUCGGUGCCGAAACGAAAAUGAUCCAGGAUCCGGCCAAGGAACGUAUCGACUUCUGGCGAGAUGUUUACAAAAGGUGGAAUGAAGAUUUUCUCAAAGUGAAGCUUUAGUAAAGCGGUUUGCA